AGUACUAUAGCGGCAGCUUCUGAUUCAUACGGCUCACUUCUUGUUAGCUGCUGUUUGUCGUCUGCAACCAACAGUUUUCUCUUCUCAUUCAGAGAAAAAUCAAAUUUCCCCGAUGGCCAUGGCCGCGGCCACCAAUUUCUGCGCCUCUUCUUCAAUCUCCUCGACGCAGAAGACGGCAGCAACUCUUCCUUCUUUACAGGGUCAGACUUGCUCCCUGCCUUCGAGACAUCGUCAUCUUCUCUCUGCCGGCCGUAGACCAGCCGGGCUUUCCGUGGCGGCGACGGCUGCGCCCACCGCAAUUCAACAGGUGGACGGAGCUACAAGCUCCGGCAAAGCUUCCAAGGCUCUGCCUUUUAGAGUGGGUCAUGGGUUCGAUCUCCAUCGGCUGGAGCCUGGAUACCCUUUGAUCAUAGGCGGGAUUAACAUUCCUCACGAAAGAGGCUGCGAGGCUCACUCCGAUGGAGAUGUGUUGCUGCACUGUGUUGUGGAUGCUAUACUGGGAGCACUGAGUCUGCCUGAUAUUGGACAGAUUUUCCCUGAUAAUGAUCCUAAGUGGAAGGGAGCAGCUUCUUCUGUUUUCAUCAAAGAAGCUGUGAGGCUGAUGCACGAGGCUGGUUAUGAGAUUGGAAACUUAGAUGCCACCUUGAUUCUUCAAAGACCGAAACUGAGCCCGUUCAAAGAAGCCAUCAGGGCCAAAUUGUGUGAACUACUGGGAGCAGACCCUGCUGCUGUAAACUUGAAGGCCAAAACCCACGAGAAGGUCGACAGUCUGGGCGAGAACAGAAGUAUUGCUGCCCAUACCGUCGUUCUCCUAAUGAAGAAGUGACGAUGCCAGAACUCCACCACAGCUGCCGAUCAACAUGCAAAUUGGUGUGCCUCUUCUUUGGCAUGUUGUAAGCUUGAACAAACAAUACCUUCUAGCAGUCGGAACAGUAAUCUCGUGUACGUACGUACACAGUUGAUUUUGGAAGAUUUUCGUCGAUAUAUAUAGGGUAUAGGAGGAGUAUUCUCUUCCCUUUGCAAGGUUCUACUUCAAAUCGAGGCUGCAGUGUGUUUCGAAACAUAUUUCUGAGGUGUUAAAAGAAAAGCUUAUCAGCUCUUUCUAAACUUGUGGCGUUUUGAAUGUAGAACACUGGAUUUUCUCUCAGUGAACUGGAUUGUUUCUGUUGAAUGGUUGAUCUCCAAUUUUGGUCGUGGAAACAAAUACUUGUCAUUGUC